AUGGCUGCCAACAACACAAACACCAACAAUCAACAACUUCCAACAAUGACGCCGCCGUCGAAUUGCUGGGGAAAUGUUCCAAAACCCAUUGUGGAGGAUAUGAAUUUUGCUGCCAUUGUGAAAAAUCAGAAAAAAGAAAAAGUCCUAAAGCAGGCAACGGAAAGGGAAAAAAUAAAACUGCAAGAGGAACGUGAUUUAGAGGAGGCCUUGGUGAAAAGCCUUGAAAUGGCCACCUUGCAAGAAGCAACCACCUCCUCCACGCUGUUAGGGGGCCAAGGGGAUGAUGACGAAGAAGAUUGGGAUUUACUCAAUCAAGAAGACGACUUUAAAUUCAUUCUACCACCUGAGGUAUUGGAAUUCCUCAAGAGUGAGGAGGAGGAAUUGGCUGCAGCUGAGAAAGCAGCCAUUGAGGGUUGUGAUUCGGAUGCUGUAAUUGCCCAAAUGUUACAGGCUCAAUUCGAUAAGGAAUACAAUGAGGAGCUGAAACGCAUUGAAAAGGCCCAGAAUAAACAAUCGAAAAUUACCGUGUGUUUGGAUAAAUACAUCAAGCCCUAUAUCCGAGACGUUGGUGAGGACGACGAUAGUGAUUAUGAUUACGACGAGGAUGAUUUAAAUCGUGAAAAACGUGAUUGGGAUCGUUUUGAGACGAAUGAACGCCGCUUUGAGGCUAUACCCAAGUGCGGUUAUGGCCUGGAUAAGGAUGGUGAAAUGAUUACGAAACAUGAUGAAAAAUUGUGCGGUGUUCGCAAUGCCUGUCGUAUGAUGUCGCUGCCACUGGAAUUUGCGACAGGUGAUGGUGCCGGUUUUGAUAUGAAACUUUCGAAUCGGCAAAAAUCGCGAUCGUUACAUCUUAACGAUUUCAAGCAUUUCAAUGUCCGUUUUGGCAAGCAGAAUAACUUCGUAAUCAUUAAUAUGUGGGCCGAAAAGGAAAUGCAGGCCGCUCCUAAGCUUAAAGAUGCUCUACUAUCGGCAGCCGAAUGGAUUGCUGCCUAUGAUGAGGUGGUAACGGCAAUGCAUAAAUUAUACAAUGAGGCUAAAUUGGUUCAUGCCGAUUUGAGCGAAUACAAUAUCUUGUGGCAUGAUGGCAAAUGUUGGUUUAUCGAUGUGGCCCAAUCCGUUGAACCACAACAUCCCUCGGCCUUGGAAUUUCUGAUGCGCGAUUGUAACAACAUUGUUAGUUUCUUUGAAAAGAAGGGUGUGCCCAAUUGCCACACCAAGGAACAAUUAUUCGAACACAUCACUUCAUUGAACGCGGAGACUAUAAAUGUGGCCAUGUUGGAACGUAUCCACACCAAAGGUGCCAAUAUACAAUUGGCCACAGCACCAAAUCAAGAUGAAUGCCCACUGGAAGCUAAACCCUUGGAAUAUCCAUUUGAUUUGGCUUGGGAGAAAACCACUCAAAAUGUCAAUGUUGAUUGUAAGAUGCAGGCUGCAUUAGCCGAGAAUAAAGCUGAGAUGUCAUCAUCAGCAGUUAUGGCACAACCAAUUGUUGUUAAUACUAUUACAGACACUGCCAACAUUUAA